UGCAAGGGAAGUAACUCCAAAGGAAAUGAAAUUUGACACUUUCUCGGCAAAUUAUUUCCAAAUUAGGAAAAUAACUUAAGUGAUAGCCACGCUGUCGGGCUUUGUCUUCAUCUAGCCUUACCUUUUCAACUGACGAGACAUCCAUAAAUUGACGAGACUACAGAUCAAAAGCAUAAUUAUUGAAAUGGAUUCGAAAACAAGUUCUGCAGCAUUGAAGAGUCAAGCUUGGCUUACUGAUUUAAAGACAAAACUGGAGACAACAGGGAAGUAUGAUAUGUUCCUGGAAGGGUUCAAGUCCUGCCAGACAGAUCAAGACCGGUUGAAGCUAGUGGACGGCUUGCAAGAAGCCCAGGAUAUAAUUACAGUUAAAGCAGUAAAGAAAGGUAAAAAUGUAGAAGAAUCAGUCAGACAGAGAGAGGAGGGUAAUGUCAUGUUCAAGAAAAGACAGUACAAGAAAACACUGGACUUGUACAACAGCAGUGUCAUUCUCGCCCCGACCUCAGGAGAUACAUCGGCACUUGCUCUUGCCCUAGCUAACAGAUCUGCUGUUCUCUGCCAUAGGAAACUGUACCAACCUUGUCUUGUUGAUAUACAAGCAGCGAUAGACUAUGGGUAUCCAGAAAAUCUCAGGUACAAGCUGUAUGAACGUCGGGGCAAGUGCCACUAUCAGAUGGGCCACAAACAGGAAGCAAUUAGUGCAUUUAAAUCAGCUAAGACUGCUGUUCAUCAAGCAGAGCUUGACCAGACAAAACGGAACAACCUAAUCAAUGAAUAUGAUAAACAGAUUUGGCAGUGUGAGAAAAUGACAGAAAAUCUUAUCAAAGGUGUAGAUGGGACAGUUCUAUAUCAUUCUUUGAUACCAAGUAUUGAGAAAGUUAAUAAGCAGGUACCUGUCAUGUCAGAGUGCCUUGAAGUUGAUUACCGAGAAGAAUCCGGUCGUGGGUUGUUUGCAAAGAGGAAUGUUGAAGUAGGCGAGGUUUUAAUUGUUGAAAAACCUUUUGCUUCAACUGUUUUGUCUAAUUUCAAAGGCCGGUACUGUCAUCAUUGUUGUGAAAGAGUUAUUGCCUCUACUCCUUGUAGAUCUUGCAGUGCUGUGGUGUUUUGCAGUGAGAGAUGUCAGAAAGAUGCCUGGGAGAGUUACCAUCAGUUUGAAUGUGAUAUCCUGUACAAUAUACAAGAAGUGGAGAUAAAUUUGGGACAUCUCGCUGUUAAAACUGUGCUAAAAGCUGGGUACCAGUAUCUUACAGAAUUUGAAGAAAAAUCUGAUAGAGAUAAGACAAAGACUGUACUGAAUGAGGAUGGUGUGUAUGACAGUCAGGAUUACAGGACAGUUUAUGAUCUUGUAAAUCAUGCAGAUGAUAGGGGUGUGGAGGAAUUACUGAAAUACACACUCCAGGCAUUCUACCUUCAAAAAUGCCUUGAAGCAACAGACUUCUUUGGUUCAGGAGAACAGAAAGAUACGUCUAAGAAUUGUGUUAUUGGCAGUCAUAUUUUGAGAAACCUGAUGAUGAUGCCUUGCAAUGCACAUGAGUGUUCUGAGUUGUCACAUUUACCUUCUAAUCUGCCGGAAUCUGUUACAGUGGAGAUUGGGUCAGCCAUUUACCCUGUGUUGAGUUUGAUCAAUCACUCCUGUGAUCCCAGUGUUGUCCGCCAUAGUUAUGGCAAUAUUUGUGUAGUGAGAGCUAUUCGAAAUAUUCCAAAAGGCUCUGAAGUGCUGGAUAACUAUGGUGCUUUAUGUGCUCUAACUCCCACAGCUGAAAGAAGGAAAAAACUGGCUCCACAAUAUUUCUUUACCUGUAACUGUCUUGCAUGCACUGAUGAUGACCCGCAGUAUAAUGACAUUCCCUCUGAUAUGCCUGUAUUUAAAUGCGACAACUGUGCUGGACCCGUGUUCCUACCCCUUAAUCACAAAUAUGACAUCGUCCCCUGCUCAUUCUGUCAACACAAUCAUGCUCUCCGUCCAAGACUGUCUUCCCUCAGCCAAUCAGAUGAGACUUAUCGCCUAGCAAUGAGAGACGUUCUCCUCAGCUCCUGUGAUAAUAUUGAUCAGAGUAUCAUUUUCCUGGAAAAUCAUCUAACUUUGAUGGACAGACUUUUGUGCCGACCUUGGCGUGACUUUAAUGAUUGUCAAGAGGCACUAAAACAAUGCUACGCCUACAAAGGAAGUCAUUACACUGUAAAUACAGGAAAAUAGACUUGAAAAGGGCAUAUUACAUUUAACCCUUAUCAUGGUAAAUUUCUGUAAUGAACUUGUCCAUCCUUCAAUUUGGACAGUACCAUUAAUUGUUAAAAGGGGUACAUACCAAACAGUUACUGACUGAAUGACGAACAGUGCAGAUCAUGAUCAGACUGCACAGAUGUGCAGGCUGAUCAUGAUCUACAGUCUAACCUGUCUUAAGCAGCCAGCCAAGGCAAGCAGACAAUUUGGCCGCUAAAGCCAGGUGACCGCUGACCGGAGGUGCAGCCAGUAUAUGUAUUUUUCAGACUUCUGACCACAGUCUAUAGCCUUUAGACCAGUUUCUUUUUGGGUUUUUCCAUUAUUAUUUUACCAGGAUACAAUGAAGUGCAUUUGCCUUCGCAAUACGAAUGGCCUUCUUAGAAAUCUAAAACUCUGGCGUGUUUUUUUAGCUCACCUGUCACAAAGUGACAAGGUGAGCUUUUGUGAUCGCGCGGUCCGUGCGUGCGUGCGUCCGUAAACUUUUGCUUGUGACCACUCUAGAGGUCACAUUUUUCACGGGAUCUUUAUGAAAGUUGGUCAGAAUGUUCAUCUUGAUGAUAUCUAGGUCUAGUUCGAAACUGGGUCACAUGGCUUCAAAAACUAGGUCAGCAGGUCUAAAAAUAGAAAAACCUUGUGACCUUUCUAGAGGCCAUAUAUUUCACAAGAUCUUCAUAAAAAUUGGUCAGAAUGUUCACCUUGAUGAUAUCUAGGUCAAGUUCGAAACUGGGUCACAUGCCAUCAAAAACUAGGUCAGUAGGUCUAAAAAUAGAAAAACCUUGUGACCUCUCUAGAGGCCCUAUAUUUCAAAAGAUCUUCAUGAAAAUUGGUCAGAAUGUUCACCUUGAUGAUAUCUAGGUCAAGUUCGAAACUGGGUCACGUGCCUUCAAAAAGUAGGUCAGUAGGUCAAAUAAUAGAAAAACCUUGUGACCUCUCUAAAGGCCAUAUUUUUCAUGGGAUCUGUAUGAAAGUUGGUCUGAAUGUUCAUCUUAAUGAUAUCUAGGUCAAGUUCGAAACUGGGUCACGUGUCGUCAAAAACUAGGUCAGUAGGUCUAAAAAUAGAAAAACCUUGUGACCUCUCUAGAGGCCAUAUAUUUCAUGAGAUCUUCAUGAAAAUUGGUCAGAAUGUUCACCUUGAUGAUAUCUAGGUUAAGUUCGAAACUGGGUCACGUGUCUUCAAAAAGUAGGUCAGUAGGUCAAAUAAUAGAAAAACCUUUUGACCUCUCUAAAGGCCAUAUUUUUCAUGGUAUCUGUAUGAAAGUUGGUCUGAAUUUUCAUCUUGAUGAUAUCUAUAUGUACCAAAGUACUCAUACCACUCAAGAAAUUAAUGUAGUUAUUACAUAGGCCUAUUUCUUAGUAACCCUUUAAAAAGCUACUUAGAAAAUCAAUCAUUGUUAACUUCUAAAAUUAUCAUUUUUAUAAACAUCUGCCAUUUAAUAAAAAAAUUCUGAAAACCACAUUUAAAAUAAAGAUGUCAAAAAAGAAGAAAUGUUGUUUAAACUUUAAGCAGCGUCUUAUUUUGCACAUUGCCUAUAGAUAAGUGGGUGGGGUUCGAUGCCUUCGCAUGUUUUAUUCUCGAAAAAUACUUCAAAAUAAGAGCUCCUUUUGCAAUAGUUGUCAUAUUUUUCUUAAAUGUAGACUUUUUAGCUCACCUGUCACAAAGUGACAAGGUGAGCUUUUGUGAUCGCGCGAUGUCCGUCGUCCGUCCGUCCGUGCGUCCGUAAACUUUUGCUUGUGACCACUCUAGAGGUCACAUUUUUCAUGGGAUCUUUAUGAAAGUUGGUCAGAAUGUUCAUCUUGAUGAUAUCUAGGUCAAGUUCGAAACUGGGUCACGUGCCGUCAAAAACUAGGUCAGUAGGUCUAAAAAUAGAAAAACAUUGUGACCUCUCUAGAGGCCAUAUAUUUCAUGAGAUCUUCAUGAAAAUUGGUCAGAAUGUUCACCUUGAUGAUAUCUAGGUCAAGUUCAAAAGUGGGUCACGUGCCGUCAAAAACUAGGUCAGUAGGUCAAUUAAUAGAAAAACCUUGUGACCUCUCUUAGAGGCCAUAUUUUUCAUGGGAUCUGUAUAAAAGUUGGUCUGUAUGUUCAUCUUGAUAAUAUCUAGGUCAAGUUCGAAACUGGGUCACUUGCCUUCAAAAUCUAGGUCAGUAGGUCAAAUAAUAGAAAAACCUUGGGACCUCUCUAAAGGCCAUAUUUUUCAUGGGAUCUGUAUGAAAAUUGGUCUGAAUGUUCAUCUUGAUGAUAUCUAGGUCAAGUUCGAAACAGGGUCAUGUGCGAUCAAAAACUAGGUCAGUAGGUCAAAUAAUAGAAAAACCUUGUGGCCUCUCUAGAGGCCAUAUUUUUCAUUGGAUCUGUAUGAAAGUUGAUCUGAAUGUUCAUCUUGAUGAUAUCUAGGUCAAGUUCGAAAGUGGGUCACGUGCCAUCAAAAACUAUGUCAGUAGGUCAAAUAAUAGAAAAACCUUGUGACCUCUCUAAAGGCCAUAUUUUUCAUGGGAUCUGUAUGAAAAUUGGUCUGAAUGUUCAUCUUGAUAAUAUCUAGGUCAAGUUCGAAACUGGGUCAUGUGCGGUCAAAAACUAGGUCAGUAGGUCUAAAAAUAGAAAAACCGUGUGACCUCUCUAGAGGCCAUACUUGUGAAUGGAUCCCAUAAAAAUUGGUCAGAAUGUUCACCUUGAUGAUAUCUAGGUCAAGUUUGAAACUGGGUCACGUGCCUUAAAAAACUAGGUCAGUAGGUCAAAUAGUAAAAAAACCUUGUGACCUCUCUAGAGGCCAUACUUUUCAUGGGAUCUGUAUGAAAGUUGGUCUGAAUAUUCAUCUUGAUGAUUUCUAGGUCAAGUUCGAAACUGGGUCAUCUGCAGUCAAAAACUAGGUCAGUAGGUCUAAAAUUAUUAAAAUCUUUUGACCUCUCUAGAGGCCAUAUUUUUCAAUGGAUCUUCAUGAAAAUUGAUCUGAAUGUUCACCUUGAUGAUAUCUAGUCAAUUUCGAAACUGGGUCACGUGCGGUCAAAAACUAAACCAGUAGGUAUAAAAAUAGAAAAACCUUGUGACCUCUCUAGAGGCCAUAUUUUUCAUGAGAUCUUGAUGAAAAUUAGUGAGAAUGUUCACCUUGAUGAUAUCUAGGUAAAGUUCAAAACGCGGUCAAGUACCUUCGAAAACUAGGUCAAAAGGUCAAAUAGAAAAACCUUGUGACCUCUCUAGAGACCAUAUUUUUCAAUGGAUCUUCAUGAAAAUUGGUCAGAAUUUUUAUCUUGAUAAUAUCUAGGUAAAGUUCAAAACUGGGUCACAUGAGCUCAAAAACUAGGUCACUAUGUCAAAUAAUAGAAAAAACGACGUCAUACUCAAAACUGGGUCAUGUGGGAAGAGGUGAGCGAUUCAGGACCAUCAUGGUCCUCUUGUUUUACUACAAAAAUUGAUACAGACAAUUUUCCAACUUCAAAACAAGUUUGUUUACAACUUUCGCCAUUUUGGUAAGGGAAGCUACUCUCGGAGCUUAUUGUCUACGCUAAAUCUAAGAUUGCCGUUACGUUCCGUUAAAGAUAGAGUGGUUUAUAUUUUUUUUCAAAACACAAUUAAUUUCGUAUAAAUUUAAUAGUAUUUUGAUGACAGAAGUAUAAAAAAAAAUCACAAAUAUUAUGCUACUAAUUAGUUAUCGAGUAUUAUCUUUAACCGAGGUCAAACUGUGAACAACAAAAUUGACACGAGGUGACACGCUAAUUACCGAUAAUUAAUGGCCAUUUGAUCAUAACAAAAGGGGAUUACACCUUUGGUUAUCAGUUUUAAUUGAGAAGCUCAUGUCAUUUUGUCGUUCUUGUGGUGAAGUCCCGCGAAACUUAGCAACCACGUGCUUCUCAAAAUCGGGAAUCUUCGGCGAUUAUUGCCUAAAAGUAAUUGGUUUUGGAAGAAAAAUGGCCGCUGAAAGGGGUCAAAUACGGCGGUCGGUAGGCAAUUCCGGUGGCCGCUGGCCGCGGACGGCAGGUGGCCGCUGAAUAAAGUGUUAAAUAGAGGAAAAUCCGUCGGGGGCGUCAUAAAAUGGCCGCUGAACAGAGGUGACCGCUGAUCGGAGGUGACCGUUAGUACAGGUUAGACUGUACACUGGUCGCAAAGGCAGAAUCAAUCGUGUCCAGCAUGAUAAGGGUUAAAAAAGAUUAUGUGCUGUAAAGGGGCAUACUUUCAGAUGUCAUUACUUAAUGUAAGAAACAGAUAAACUCCUGUUCUUUGAAAUAACAUUUUACUGCAUUAGUGACACAUUGGGGAGCGUUACCACAUAAUUUAGAGGUUGGACAAGUUUUUUUUCCAGAUGAAUACUUCAUAGAUAUGGAAUCGCUUGUUUUUAGUAGCAAGUCUGAUAUUAUUAUGGAAAAAUCAAGGAGAUACAAAUGUAUUGUCAUUCCUUGAUCCUGGGCAUAUACCUUUGAUUUAGAUUUUUGUUUAGGUUCACAUUUCUUGAAGACUAUUUGAACUGUAUCUUUGAAAAUUUGAACACUUGUUCAUUAUCAUUAGGGCAGUGAAAAGGCAGAGAACUAUUAUACAGUAUUAUGGCCCAUUUAUGAUUUUGUAACCAGAAGUAAAUGGGUAUUUCCUGGUUUAGAGAUUUUUGUGCUCUGUCUAAAACAAAAUCUAUAGGUAAAUAAGUCGCCAAGAACCGUAACCGUCUCUUACAUUUUGUAAUAAUCACGAGGUAUUUCUUGGUUAUAGCUGUUGUUUAGGUUCUUUUUUCUUGAAAACUGUAAGAGCUUUAGCUUUUAAACUUGAUUAAGUUGUUUAUCAUCAGUAGAUAAAUAAGUUUGCUUUGAACAAUGAUUGUUAACAGAUGAAGUUUUUGUAUGUAAGCUUGUAUCUCAGUAGUUUUAACUUGUGGAUGCGUAUUGAAACUUCACAUACCUGUUCAUUGCCAUCUGACAUGCUGUACACAGGUCUUAUAAAUCUGUUUUGCUUUUUUUUCACAAAGUUAUUCCCCUUUUUUGACUUAGAAAUUUUUGGGUAACACCUUGUAUUUAAGCUGAUAUCUCAUUUAGCAUUGAAAGAGGUGAAAGUUUUAUGACUCUUGCAGAAUUGUAGCCCCAUGUGUUCUUGUUCUUUACAAGUUUUUAUAAUGUAUAGUGUUGCCGUCCUCUGACAGCUUUUGUUCAUUUAUUUUAUGGAAAUGCUGAAUUUGAAAAAAAGAUUGUAAGACUAAAAUUAUCAUUUUAAUUUUUUGAAUUUCCUAGAGUAUUUGGAAUGCCUGCUUGAAAACAUUUUUAAUUACCUUUUGACAUUUACUGACACUAUAAGAUAGUGUAUUUAAACAGUAAUUUGUGCAGUUUGUCUUCCAUUGUUUGUGUUCUUUUUAAAAAGACUUUGGUGCAAUACUAUGGUAUAUACUAUGUGUAUAUUAUGUAUACUAUAAAAAUUAUGUGUUUAAGAUUUUACCCCUGCUAGAUUUACAUUUUUAUACUAUAUCCUCUUGUUUAUCCAGCUGUGUUCUCUUUACUCAGCCUCUAUGCAGUAGAAUAUUCUCACCUAUAUUUACUGUAAAAUGCUUUUUUGUCAUGGUUGAUUUUAUGUUCCAGAUCUUAUUUUGUAUAUAUGCAUAUUACUGUAACCCAGAUAUAUGGCAUUCAUUGGGUUUAAGAAAAAGUCCAGGCAACAUCAUACCAAAAUUGUCAUUACAGAACCAAAUUAGCCAAAUUCAGAUCAUAUUUUUAUUGCUAAUUGUCAGUUUUAAAAUCAUUUUUUAACUUUGUAUUUUGAGUGAUCAAUGUUUUAUUUGUAGUAAAAAAAAUAUCAUGAACAGAUGAUUUUGAUUAGAGAAGGUACACUUAGAUUAGAGUUUUAAGUCAGUUUCAGUUCUAGCUAAAUAGUAAGGUACCUAAGAUUCCUCCAAGUGUAUUGUAAAAGGAAAUGAUAUUCUUUUACCUUAGUCACAGCAGUGGUCAUGCUUGUUUCUUGUCUGUUUGAGUGUUACAUUCUGUUUGUGUUGUUUUCAUUCCCUGUAAGUCGCUUUCAUCCAUUGUGUGUUGUUUUCAUCCACUGUGUGUUGCUCAUUUGAUAAUACAUGUUACUGUCUUAAUCAUAUAAAUAUUUUCUGUUGGAAUGUUACUGAGAAAAUAAAUAUUGGAAUUAAACAAUUAAAUAA